AUGAGCGUGUCUGAAAACAAGAAAGAAACGGACGGCGGUCUUUACGAGACUGUGAAGGUCGUAGUUCAGGCACUGCUUCUUGCCCUUAUUGUGCGGACGUUCCUUUUCCAGCCAUUCAACAUUCCCUCCGGAUCCAUGAAGGAUACGUUGCUGAUCGGCGACUAUCUGUUCGUCUCCAAAUACAGCUAUGGCUAUUCGCGCUAUUCGUUUCCAUUCGGGAUUGUUCCGUUUUCAGGAAGGAUCUGGUCCGAGGAACCCGAGCGUGGUGACGUAGCGGUGUUCAAAUUGCCGACAGACACCUCAAUCGAUUACAUCAAGCGCGUGAUAGGUUUGCCAGGCGAUACGAUCCAGGUUCUGGAAGGCGUGGUCCAUAUCAAUGGAGAGCCCGUCAAGCGGGAGCAAAUCGAUGACUAUAUCGAGACUUCACCAUCCGGUGCAGUCCGCCGCGUUCCCCGCUUCCGUGAAACCCUGCCAAACGGCGUUUCUUACGACACACUCGAACUGACGACACGCGGGCAAUUGGACAAUACGCGUGAAUACGAGGUGCCGGAAGGUCACUUCUUCAUGAUGGGCGAUAACCGGGACAACUCGAUUGACAGCCGGGUUCUGGCCAAAGUCGGAUAUGUGCCACUUGAAAAUUUCAUGGGACGCGCCGAAAUUCUGUUCUUCUCGGUUGGUGACGGUAAGCCGGCGUGGCACAUCUGGAGCUGGCCAUGGACAGCAGCCUUGCAGUACGAGUUCAGUGAUCUUGAGCUUCUCAGGGUUGCCCUGACACACGCAAGUGCCCUUGCCCCGUCAGAAACCGUAUCAGGUAGCUAUCAACGGCUCGAAUUCCUUGGCGACCGUGUGCUCGGCCUUGCAAUUGCUUCCAUGCUGCACUUGCAUUUUCCAAAGGCGGAUGAAGGAGAGCUCGCUCGGCGAUUCAACCACAUGGUCAAACGCGAAACCUGCGCCGAAAUCGCGCAAGAGCUCGGCGUCGGCGAUGCCAUGCGGAUCGGACUAGCGGAAGCGCAGACCGGCGGCCGAAAAAAGACGGCACUGCUGGCCGAUAUCUGUGAGGCCGUAAUUGCCGCCAUUUACCUGGACGGCGGCUUUGAGGCGGCUGCAGACUUUGUAAAGCGCCUUUGGGAACCGCGUAUGUUAUCGUGGACGGGCCCGUUGCGCGAUGCCAAGACCACGCUGCAGGAAUGGGCUCAAUCGAAGAGCCUGCCGACGCCACAUUACGAAGUCACUGGGCGCGACGGCCCGGACCACGAACCCAGCUUUACCGUCUCGGUGAUCGUGCGGGGGCUGGCGUCCGGCGAGGGCAAGGGAGGCUCGAAGCGUAUCGCGGAACAGAACGCCGCUGAAGCAGUCUUGCGCCGGGAAGGCAACGACACAGGCGAACCGAUUGACGAGGAUGAAGGGUUUGUGCCGCCGAAAGGCCGGUUCGACAUUCCCUUGCCUGAACCGCUUGCCCAGAUGCCGAGCGACACGAAGGCCGGGUUCAUAGCUUUGAUCGGCGCUCCCAACGCGGGCAAGUCGACCCUGAUCAAUCAACUCGUCGGCACCAAGGUUUCGAUUGUCACGCACAAGGUGCAGACAACACGCUCGAUCGUACGCGGUGUCGCGAUGCACGGCUCUGCGCAACUGGUCUUCAUCGACACACCGGGAAUUUUCAAGCCGAAGCGCCGUCUCGACCGGGCAAUGGUCGACACUGCCUGGGGCGGCGCCCGCGACGCCGACCUGAUCGCUCUGCUCAUCGAUGCGCGCAAGGGGAUCGAUGAGGAGGUUGAAAACAUUCUCAAACGCCUCAAGAGCCAGUCCGCGCCCAAGGUUCUGAUCCUCAACAAGACCGAUGUCGCAAAACGGGAAAAGCUUCUGCAGCUUGCGCAAAGGGCCAACGAAUAUCUGGAAUUCGAGGAAACAUUCAUGGUCUCGGCCCUUACCGGAGACGGUAUCGCGACCAUACUCGAUCACUUCGCCUCGAAGGUACCUGAAGGACCUUGGCUCUACCCGGACGACCAGCCGUCCGACCUGCCGCUGCGUAUUCUGGCCGCUGAAAUCACCCGGGAAAAACUGUUCGAACGCCUGCAUCAGGAACUGCCCUAUAUCUCAACGGUGGAAACCGAACAGUGGCAGACACGCAAGGAUGGAUCCGCACGCAUCGAACAGACCAUCUAUGUUGAACGGAGCAGUCAGAAAAGCAUUGUUCUGGGCAAGGGCGGGCAGACGAUCAAGGCAAUCUCAAAGGCUGCCCGGGAAGAACUCUCCGACAUCAUCGAGACCCCCGUGCAUCUGUUUCUUUUCGUGAAAGUGCGCGAAAACUGGGCCGACGAUCCCGAACGCUACCGGGAGAUGGGUCUCGAAUUUCCGAAGGUAUUGGACUUGGAGUGGACCAGCCGCGGCGUGGUACUGACCACACGCAAGCACGGCGAAAACGACAUCAUUCUGGAGGCCCUGACCCUCGAUCAUGGCCGGCACCUGGGCCUUGUCCGGGGUGGCCGCUCCCAACGCAACCGGCCCUUUCUGCAACCCGGCAACGAACUGGAUCUGACCUGGAAAGCGCGCCUGGCGGAUCACCUCGGGCAUUUCCAGCUCGAAGCGCAGACACUGCGUGCCGGCGAACUCAUGACGACAGCGAUCGGCCUCGCCAGUCUGCAGCACCUCGCAUUCCUUUUGCGAUUACUGCCGGAACGGCACCCCUACCCGCACCUUUACGACGCCCUGAACGUGGUUCUGGAGCAUCUUGACGAACCCGAUGCCGCAGCCGCUCUGCUGAUCCGUUUCGAACUGGAACUGUUGCGGGACCUUGGAACCGGCCUUGAUCUGGAGGCUUGCGCCGCGACGGGCCAAAAGGAUGAUCUGGUCUAUGUCUCGCCCAAAUCCGCGCGUGCGGUCAGCCGGGAGGCCGGCAAGCCCUAUCACGACAAGUUGCUUCCCCUGCCCUCGUUUCUUGUCGAUGGCCAGCGCCAGGCUGGAAGUGAGCUGACAUGGACCGAUGUCACGCAAGGCUUUGAGCUGACAAGCUUCUUCGUAUCACGCCAUUUACGGGAGCGUGACGGUACCGACGGUGGCACACGCGAGCAGGUCAUGAGCGCCCUGGAACGACGCUACCGAGAGAAUUUUCCCUGGAAUUUCCUAUAG